AUGUAUGCGAAUAAUUCAUCAACAACAAAUAUUCAAUCCUGGUUUAUUCCUUUCGAUAUUAUUAAUAUUAUCUGUCUAAUCUUGGUCAUUAUACUUGCCUUCAUAUUUUUAUUUAUUAUUAUAUUUGAUAAAACUUGUCAUACAGUUCCAAUGAUACUUAUUGCUAAUUCAUGUUUGGCUGAACUUGUUCUUGCAAUUGAUUUAUUUUGGAUGGCUAUAUUUACAUUAGACAAUGAUCGUAAACAACAACAAUAUGAAGAUCUAUUCUGUGUAUUUCGAGGUUAUAUUACUUAUGUGGCAUGUUUUACGCAGAACUAUUCUUAUUUCUUACAAGCAAUUUAUCGAUAUCUCACAAUAGUUUACCCAUCUCGUUUAUUUUGGCAAUCAAAACGAGUUCAAAUUUUCUUGAUUAUUUUAAGUUGGAUUAUCGCUUUUAUAUGUGUUUUUCCUCAUCUAUUCACUGGUAGAAUCAUCUAUCAAGUCGAUGAUCAAAUGUGUCAAAUGUCACUUGAGUUAUCUUUCAUAACAGUUUAUAAUGUAGUUUUACUUUACCUAAUUCCGAUGAAUGGUACUAUAUUGAUUUAUUUUAAAUUAGUUCGAUAUGUUAAAGAAAUGAGUAAAAAUGUAACACCAGCAAAUACUUUAUUACGUGUAGAAAGAGAAUUAAAAAUGAUACGUCGAAUAGUUAUACUUGUAUCAAUGUUGAUAACAUUUGGUUUAACUUAUGCUAUCUUCAUAUUCAUGAGUUUCUUUACUCAACCACCAAAAUAUCAUUUUCGUAUUGCUUAUAUAUUUGUAAAUGUAUCCUUAGUAUUUAUUUUAAUUGCUUUAUUUAAAUUUACAGAUCCGAUUAAAACAUCUUUAAUGAAAAUAACAAAUCGACGACCAAAUGUCGUUAUAGCACUACUAACAUAA